ACUGAUGGGCGCCAUCCUCAGCCCUCCCCCCUCUUCCUUGGCUCCAUGGCAAAGCCUGGCCCUCUCCCUCACUUUGCACCUACUUACCCUGGUCUCUCACCACUACCCUUUGCCCACCCACUCACAUUCCUUGGCUCUGCCCUUUACUACAGAAGGCCAAAGGCAAGCUUGGAGCUGAAGGAGUUGAGUAGGCAGGAACCAACUCUGUGAAGCCCUGGGCCAGAAAGGGGUGUUCUGAAGAGGGUGAGGCUUGGCAGUCCUGGCCCCUCCUCACCAUGCCUGCCCCCGCCCCUCUGGGUAUGGAAUGGCUCCUUUAAGAGCGGUGGAUCCACCCCCUGUAGAGGAGGGCCUAUUAGAGCCUUUGCCCGGCUGUCAGUGACUCAGUGUUCGCGGGAACGCAGCCUCAGCCUCUACACCAGCCAACCCAGAUCCCGAGGUGCGCCAGCUCCCGGCCCAGAUCUCCACGCCUGCCAGUGACGAGCUUAGAGCCCGUCACCGGCUCGCCUUGCCCCUGAGCAGCCUCUCUCCUGGUUGAGUCCCGCGCCCUUCUCGGGACCCCUGCCCAGCGGGCAGCACUGCCACCCUGCCGGCCAUGGAGACCCCGUCCCAGCGGCGCACCACCCGUAGUGGGGCGCAGGCCAGCUCUACCCCGCUGUCGCCCACUCGGAUCACCCGGCUGCAGGAGAAGGAGGACCUGCAAGAGCUCAAUGACCGCCUGGCUGUGUACAUCGAUCGCGUGCGCUCUCUUGAGACGGAGAACGCGGGGCUGCGCCUUCGCAUCACUGAGUCUGAAGAGGUGGUCAGCCGCGAGGUGUCCGGCAUCAAGGCGGCCUACGAGGCCGAACUGGGGGACGCCCGCAAGACCCUUGACUCUGUGGCUAAGGAGCGCGCUCGCCUGCAGCUGGAGUUGAGCAAAGUGCGUGAGGAAUUCAAGGAGCUGAAGGCACGCAAUACCAAGAAGGAGGGUGACUUGCUGGCUGCCCAGGCCCGCCUCAAGGACCUGGAGGCUCUUCUCAACUCCAAGGAAGCCGCACUGAGCACUGCUCUCAGCGAGAAGCGUACACUAGAGGGCGAGCUCCAUGACCUGCGGGGGCAGGUAGCCAAGCUUGAGGCAGCCCUUGGUGAGGCUAAGAAGCAACUUCAGGAUGAAAUGCUGCGGCGCGUGGAUGCUGAGAACAGGCUACAGACCCUGAAGGAGGAACUGGAUUUCCAGAAGAACAUUUACAGUGAGGAGCUGCGUGAGACUAAGCGCCGGCAUGAGACCCGGCUUGUGGAGAUUGAUAACGGGAAGCAGCGGGAGUUUGAGAGCCGGCUGGCAGACGCCCUGCAGGAGCUGCGGGCCCAGCAUGAGGACCAGGUGGAACAGUAUAAGAAGGAGCUGGAGAAGACCUACUCUGCCAAGCUGGAUAACGCCAGGCAGUCUGCUGAGAGGAACAGCAACCUGGUGGGGGCUGCCCACGAGGAGCUCCAGCAGUCUCGGAUCCGCAUCGACAGCCUCUCGGCCCAGCUCAGCCAGCUUCAGAAGCAGCUGGCAGCCAAGGAGGCUAAGCUGCGCGACCUGGAGGACUCCCUGGCCCGUGAGCGGGACACUAGCCGGCGGCUGCUAGCUGAGAAAGAGAGAGAGAUGGCCGAGAUGCGGGCGAGGAUGCAGCAACAGCUGGAUGAGUACCAGGAGUUGCUGGACAUCAAGCUGGCCCUGGACAUGGAGAUCCAUGCCUAUCGGAAGCUGCUGGAGGGCGAGGAGGAGAGGCUCCGCCUCUCCCCCAGCCCUACCUCCCAGCGCAGCCGGGGCCGGACCUCUUCUCACUCCUCCCAGUCGCAGGGCGCGGGCAGCACCACCAAGAAGCGCAAGCUGGAGUCCACUGAGAGCAGGAGCAGCUUCUCGCAGCACGCCCGCACCAGCGGCCGUGUGGCGGUGGAGGAAGUAGAUGAAGAGGGAAAGUUCGUGCGCCUGCGCAACAAGUCCAGCGAGGACCAGUCCAUGGGCAACUGGCAGAUCAAGCGUCAAAAUGGUGAUGACCCUUUGAUAACAUAUCGCUUCCCUCCGAAGUUCACCCUGAAGGCGGGGCAGGCCGUGACGAUCUGGGCUGCAGGAGCUGGGGCCACCCACAGCCCCCCUACUGACUUGGUGUGGAAGGCGCAGAACUCCUGGGGGACUGGGAACAGCCUGCGCACAGCUCUCAUCAACUCCACUGGGGAAGAAGUGGCCAUGCGCAAGCUGGUGCGCUCAUUGACAAUGGUUGACUUUGACGAUGACGAAGAAAGUAAUGAUGAUCUGCUCCAUCAGCACCACGGCUCCCACUGCAGCAGCUCGGGGGACCCCGCUGAGUACAACCUGCGCUCGCGCACCGUGGUGUGCGGGGCUUGUGGGCAGCCUGCCGACAAGGCUGCCGGUGGCUCAGGAGCCCAGGCGGGCGGAUCCGUCUCCUCAGGCUCUUCUGCCUCCAGUGUCACAGUUACUCGAAGCUACCGCAGUGUGGGGGGCAGUGGGGGCGGCAGCUUCGGGGACAGCCUAGUCACCCGCUCCUACCUCUUGGGCAGCUCCAGUCCCCGGACCCAGAGCCCCCAGAACUGCAGCAUCAUGUAAUCUGGCACCUGCCAGGCAGGGGUGGGGGCAGAGGCCACCUGCUCCCUCUUCAACUCAUGUGUAUCUCCUGUUCUGCACCUUAUGGGAGCAGGCCUGAAGCCAAAGAAAAACUUAUCUGCUGCCUUUGGUUCUUUUUCUUCUAUUUUUUUUUCUAAGAGAAGUUAUUUUCUACAGUGAUUUUAUACUGAAGGAAAAACACAAGCCAAAAAAAAAAAAAAAAGUCUUUAUCUCAUCCUAAGCCCUUCCCCUUCCUUUCCCUGUAUCUGCCUUAAAACCAAAGGGCUUUUCCUAGGAGCCCAGGGAAAGGACCGCUUUUUAUAGAGUCUAGAUUUUGUCCUGCUGCCUUGGCUUUGCCCUCAUCCUGGGACCCUGUGACAUGGUGCCUGAAAGGCAGGCAUGGAGCUCUCUUCAGCAGCCUCCUCCAGUCAGCUGGCCCACUGCCAUGCCAGCUGCACUAAAAGGUGGUGCAGAGAGGAUGGCUGAGAGAGGCCGAGCCCCUCCUGGUCCACUACACAUAGCUAAGGCUCCUCUGCCUGCCUUGUCCUCUCCCUGCCCCUCCCUAACCUGGGGCCAACGGAUUCUCCCAGACACCUCUGCUGUGCUUGCUUUUUCUAUAUUUUAUUUAGACAAGAGAUGGGAAUGAGGUGGAAGGAGGAGGGAAGAUUUUGAGCCUACCUUUUCUCAGCUUUGGAGCCUGGUGGGCCCUGUCCACCAGGAAGUCAAGUCGGUCACUGGAAGGCAAAGUCAAGUAGGGUACGGGGAAGAGUGAGAAAUGUAGGCUACUGGAAAGGAGAGCCUGCUGGGGCCGUCGGGAACGGAGAGGGUGUGGUGAUCUGUGGUUACCUGAAACACUAAGGAACCCUUCGCCCCAUUUCCCGUCUGCAUCUCUGCUCUCCUUCUAGUCAAUACACUAGUUGUUUCCAUCCUG